AUGCUUCAACAGCUCAACAAAGACCAAAUUGAAGAAAAGCUCAUUGAAGAGCACCAAUUAGCUGAAAAGAAUAAACAGGAUGCACUAAAUGCUGAAAAAGAAGUUGAAGAGAAAGCCCAGAAGGGCGAAGUAUGUGAAGUCGUUGCAGAGAAUGUUUCCGAAGAAAAGGUUCCUGAGAAAUUGAUUGAUGAAAAACGCAUUGAAGAGCAGCAUUUAACUGAACAAAAAAAACCGGACGCAGCAAAGGCUGAAAAAGAAGCUGAAGAGAAAGACCAGAAGGGCGAAGUAUCUGAAGUCGUCGCAGAGAAGGUUUCCGAAGAAAACGUUCCUGAAAGUAAGAAGCUUGAAGUAGGGGAAACUGAAAGUGAAGCCCAAAAGGCGAAGGUAUUAGAACAGCAAUUAAUUGAAGAGAAGAAACUGGAUACCAAGCAGAAGAAACAAGCCGAGAAGGAUGCUGACAAGAAAGCCCAGAAGGGAGAAGUAUCAGAAAUCGUCGCACAGAAGGUUUCCGAAGAAGAGGUUCCUGAGAGUAAGAAGCUUGAAGUAGGGGAAACUGAAAGUGAAGCCCAAAAGGCGAAGGUACUAGAACAACAACUAAUUGAAGAGAAGAAACGGGAUACCAAGCAGAAGAAACAAGCCGAUAAGGAUGCUGACAAGAAAGCCCAGAAGGGAGAAGUAUUUGAAGUCGUUGCAGAGAAGGUUUCCGAAGAAAAGGUUCCUGAGAGUAAGAAUCUUUUAGUAGGGGAAUCUGCAAGUGAAGCCCAAAAGGCGAAGAUACUAGAACAACAACUAAUUGAAGAGAAGAAACUGGAUACCAAACAGAAUAAACAAACUGAGAAGGAUGCUGACAAAAAAGCCCAGAAGGGAGAAGUAUCUGAAGUCGUCGCAGAGAAUGUUUCCGAAGAAGUGGUUCCUGAAAGUAAGAAGCUUGAAGUAGGGGAAUCUGAAAGUAAAGCCCAAAAGGCGAAUGUACUAGAACAGCCAUUAAUUGAAGAGAAGAAACUGGAUACCAAGCAGAAGAAACAAGCCGAGAAGGAUGCUGACAAGAAAGCCCAGAAGGGAGAAGUAUCAGAAAUCGUCGCACAGAAGGUUUCCGAAGAAGAGGUUCCUGAGAGUAAGAAGCUUGAAGUAGGGGAAUCUGAAAGUGAAGCCCAAAAGGCGAAGGUACUAGAGCAACAAGUAAUUGAAGAGAAGAAACUGGAUACCAAACAGAAGAAACAAGCCGAGAAGGAUGCUGACAAGAAAGCCCAGAAGGGAGAAGUAUCUGAAGUCGUCGCACAGAAAGUUUCUGAGGAUGAACAUGAAGUCAUUAAACAAAAUUUGCAAAUCAAACUCUUAGAAAUUGUUAGGGCUUCUGAAUCGCAGAUUUCCAACGAAGGCUUGCAAUUGAUUGUUACGGAAAGUAACGAUAUAAUUGAAAAUCUAGAAGACUUUGAAAAGGUUUCUAAAUGCAUAUAUAAGCUUCGAGAACACAUCGUUCAUACAUACGAUAGUAAAGCACCUGAAAAACAAAAUGAAAAAGAAAUGCUGCUGCAGAGGAUAUAA